CUGCUCGCAAAGCGGCGUAUUGAAUACUCGUUCUUUUCCAAAGCGUUCCUGAAGACCCAUCGAGCACCUGAAGACACCGCCGAAGGCCACGUCCUCUCCGAAGAAUACUGUUAUAAGCGUAGAUGACAUAAGAAUUGGCGAUUCAAAUAUUCUGGAGGUUAAAUACAUACAAAUUGUAGCCGAUACGUUUCGUUCGGAAUUCCAAUAACGAGCACGAUUUACAAGAUAAUUCUGUAUAAUGGUGCGAUAUGCGGCUCUCAAGGGGCUCUACGAGGUUGAGAAGACGAUCGGCUGUGGUGGAUUCGCCAAAGUUAAGCUCGGCACGCACGUAGCAACAGGUGAAAAAGUUGCCAUCAAAAUUAUGGAAAAAAACGCUCUGGGUGAUGAUUUACCCAGGGUUCAGAUGGAGGUGGAAGCUCUGAAGACAUUGGCUCAUCAACACGUCUGUAAGCUGUACCAAGUGAUCGAAACUGAGUCUCAUUACUUUAUGAUAAUCGAGUAUUGCUCGGGUGGCGAGUUGUUUGAUCACAUAGUCGAGAAGAACCGCCUCACCGAAACAGAGUCGCGGAAAUUCUUUCGCCAAAUUGUUUCCGCAGUUGCUUAUCUACACAGCUUGGGAUAUGCUCACAGAGAUUUGAAACCAGAAAAUGUUUUAUUGGACAAACAGCAGAACUUGAAACUGAUCGAUUUUGGUCUGUGUGCAAAACCAAAAGGUGGGAUGCAGGCUCAUCUAUACACGUCAUGUGGUUCUCCAACUUACGCAGCUCCUGAGCUUGUUCUGGGUGCAAAAUAUUUAGGUUCAGAAGUAGACAUUUGGAGCAUGGGCGUGCUUCUUUAUGCCUUACUGUGCGGUUUUCUACCGUUCGACGACAGCAGUAUUGAAAACUUGUAUAGAAAAAUUCUCAGUGGAAAGUACGAUGAACCAAGCUGGCUCUCAUGCAGUAGUAAGAAACUUAUACGGUCUAUGUUACAAACGGAUCCAAAGAAGCGUAUAACUAUUCGAGAACUGUGCAAUCAUCCCUGGAUAACUGCAGGAUUUUUAAACCCCGUUGCAUUCAAAAAGAAGACCAAUUUUGAAAAGGACGAAGAAGUGCUGGUCACUAUGUCUGCAAUAUGUAAUGAGGACAGAGAAGACAUAUGGCAAGAAUUGCUGGAAGGCAGCAGAGUUGACUAUCGAACUGCAACUUAUUUACUUUUACUUGAUAGGAAAUUGCGUGGACUUCCUUUGAGAUUAUCCUCUGCAUCUAGGAACCAUUUCAGAGGCAAAUUGAAUGUUGAAAGUACACCCAAGGCAGAUCGAAACAUGUCAAAUUUCAUAACAAAAUUGGAUCAAUCGCCGGGAAAUCGGAUGCUUUGUAAAUCCCCGGUCAUUGACACGACUUACACCAUGUUACAAAAGCCUUUGGAAACCGGUAAGAACACCGAAAAUGACUUUACUGAGCCGAAUAUUCCCGUUCGCAAGAGAUUAAGAAGUAAGGAUGAGGACGAAGCAGCAUCGCCGAUACCUACGAAAAAAUCUACCGAUAAGGAAAAAAAUCCCGAAACGCCAAAGACACCGCAGGCAACAGACUUUAAAGGUGCUCUAUCCUCGACACCCGGCAGUGCGAGGAAAGUCAUGCUCGGUUUUGAACGAGGUCUAAACCGCGUUAGGCAUGUGCUCACGCCGAAACGUCGGGCGAAGAACGAAAACACGGAUCCUGAUCAGCCGGUGCUACUCUCUGGAAAGGGGUUGUGCAACAUUUCCUCAACGUCCAGCGACUGUCCGAAGCAAGUUCUGGCCCAGCUGCGACGAGCGCUUCAUCGCAAGGGGAUUUCGUGCAGGCAGAAAGGGUUCGUUCUGCUCGGGGAAACCGAAUCGAUAAGCUGCAAGCCUGAGACGAAGACCGGAAAGGACAACGCGCGGCCGUUUUCAUCACGAAGCGCCUGUUCCUUCGAGCUCGAAGUUUGCCUGGUCGACGGGCUCUCGGAUGCGAAACCGCUCGUCGGCAUCAGGCGUAAAAGGUUGAAGGGCGACGCCUGGGUUUACAAACGCGUAUGCGAGGAGGUCCUCGCUCUCGCAUCCGACGGUGACGAAACGGUGCAGCUACCAGCGUCAAAUACAGAAUCGAACUGUCUCAUUUAGUUGCCGGUUGUAUACGUAUAAGAAUUAUAUAUCCCGAAGAAUCCACUUUUUACAAGCAAUAUAGCUGUAAGAAAGAAUCGGGAAAUCAUAUCGUCAGUUUUGUAUACGAGGAUUACGCGCGAUUUCGAAAUAUUUGUCUAUUAUACAUUCCGUGCAAGACAACUGAAGAAAAAAUUUCUCCACGUUUCACGUAGUUUUGAAAAUAUUUUAGAUUACUAAAAUCAUUUUAAAAUAUACACGUUUUUAUUUUUUCAAUUCUUUUCCGCCCUUUUAAUGAUUGUCGGUAUGUGCGUUCAUAUGCCCCCCAAUAGUAUGUGAAAUUGUUAUCACUUCGAGAACCAAGAGAAAGGAAAAGAGAAAGAGAGAAGAAAAAAAUUUGAAGCGGCCAGGAUAUUGUGAUUUAUUAUCUUAUUCAAAGAAAGAUGCACGAUCAUAAUUGUCUCUCUAUUAGUUAGCAAUAUAAAAACAAUAAUUUUAUAGUCUGUGUAUAGUAUAAGAAUAGAAUAAUUGCCGUUCCAUUAGGGUGAGGAGAUGAUAUUACUAGUUUUUAAACAUUACUUUGUAUUUUGUAUUUAAAAAAAAAUAUAAUUCUGUAUAUGCAAUAUAAUAUA